AUGUCUUUUUUCGGAGUUGGAGUUGUGGAUAUCUGGCAUAUUAUCAAGGGUACGAUCUCACUCUGCAGAACUGCUCGCAAUGCAGGGGAGAGCCUUCAAGUUGCGGAAAAGGAGAUUAAGCUCAUGAAAAAGACUGUUCGAGUUCUGAAGGAUCAAAUUGGGGACGAGGCAAUAUUUAUAAAGGAAAGAUCUGACAUGUAAGUAACUUCACCAAACUACAAUACCUAUCGUCUACUGAUACCAUUUCAAGAGCCUCCAUAGUUCGGAGUACUCUAUCGCCUCUCAAAUCCAAUUUGAAAGAGAUCAGAAGUAUACUUAAAGCGUACCGCGACCCAACAGCCAUACUGAGCAACAGGCUUCGCUACUUGAAAGACAAGAAGCGUUUUGACGAACUACUAUCGAAAUUUGGAGGCCAUCGCCAAAGGAUCAGUCUCAUACUCGACCUCAUACGAAGCAAAUCACAGAGAGAGCAGACUACAAAGCUCGAGGGCAUCAUCGAACAGCAAAAGAAGGAGCAAAAAGAAUUGCGGAAGAACCAGGAGGAGAUAAGUCAGCUUAUCAAGGACAGCAUUGCGUCGCUACAAGCCAAUGAACGAGCUAACACCGAAAAUAUCCUGAGUAGACUCCAAGCUGGACUACUUGCCAAAGGGAUGAAUGCCCAAGAGGCAAAGACAUGCAAGAAUUCAGUCUGGGAGAGAGCAAUUCAGAAAGCGAAAGACCCGUUCCCCUACGCAAAGCUUCCAACCUUUUCUUAUGCUCAGCCGAACACCGAUAUAGGCGGAACAUACCAGGAUGCUGGAACUUAUCACCGAAUCUUGGAAACUACUUCUGGGGAAACAAUGUUCUCACCCCCAAAACAGCCAGCGGGCUUUCCUACUUCGUCAAAUCGUUCGUAUAACACGGCUUCCAUCAUUGCGCCAAUAUACAAAAAUACGAACGUUGGAAAAGUACCAAAAAGAUCUGCUCCGAAUGCCAGCACAAAAGGAGCAAAAGAGAAAUAA